ACAUAUUCAUCUACUUCUCCAUUUAAAUUCUAACUCUUUCUUUUCUUGCUUCUUCAUAACAAGCAACUUAAAUUGUUAUCUUAGUGUUAAAUUCUCUAGUCACUAACUUUAGCUAACAGAAUAAGCUAACUUAUACUGCCUUAAUUGACUCUCUCUUCUUCUACGUACUCAACAUGGCACCAAAGAAGAGUAGUGAGGCAUCUACUAAGAUAGUGAUGAACAAAGGAGCUUGGACAGCUGAAGAAGAUAGAAAACUUGCUCAAUUUAUUGAAGUCCAUGGUGCCAAGAGAUGGAAAACAAUUGCAACGAAAGCAGGUUUAAACAGAUGUGGAAAAAGUUGCAGACUGAGAUGGUUGAAUUAUUUGAGACCAAACAUCAAGAGAGGCAACAUUUCAGAUGAAGAAGAAGACUUAAUUCUUCGACUUCACAAACUACUUGGCAACAGAUGGUCAUUGAUUGCAGGGAGACUUCCAGGACGAACAGACAAUGAAAUAAAGAACUACUGGAAUUCUCAUUUGAGCAAAAAAAUAAAUAAAAAAGAGGAAGCCCCGGAGCCUGCAAGACCGCAAGAGGCCAACCCACAAAAAUCCAAUGACACUGCUGCUCAAGUCAUGGAAGAGAAUACAGAAGAAGGAGUCAUGGAAGAGAAUACAGAAGAAGGACUAGCGAUCCCAGAGCUUAACUUCGACGACACCGAUCUCUUCGACUUCUCUGCCGAAGGAUCUUACGGCUUGGAUUGGGUGAACAAGUUCCUUGAACUUGAUGAGGAUGCAUGGCUUGCUGACAAGAGCUGAAUUUUGUAUGUAUCAAAGUAGAAUAACUGGGUGCUUAAUUUCUCCAUUUUUUCUUUCUUUCUUUUUUUUCUUGGGGUUUGGGAUACUAAUUUUGUAUGUAUAAUUAAGUUUAAUAAAAAAAGUUGCUCGUUGUCGUAGUAA